AUGCUCUCACGCGCCAUCUUCAAUGCACUGGCGAUCUUUGCCUCCACGGUUACAGCUGGGCCUACUUGGCACGCUAGCAGAGGUGAAGAUCUUGUGAAAUUCUUGGAGAGGGCUACCUCCCCCACGUUAAACUUCCAUAUUUCUCCGAAUGCUUCGAUCGUUACCCCUGAUUCCCCUGAGUGGGUCGACGACACGACCCGCUGGUCCACGUGGAGCGCGCCGAGUUUCAGCGUCGCAUUCCUUCCGGCGGAAGAGAAGGAUGUUUCCGUUGGUCUCCAAUACAUGACGAAACACAACAUCCAGUUCCUCGCAGGUGGCGGCGGUCACGGGAAUACGGUUACACUGGCCAAAGCAAAGAAUGUCGUAUUUAUUAACCUGGAGAAACUUAACAAAAUCACCGUGAACUCUGACAAGACUAUUACCGUUGGCGGCGGUGCUAAAUUCGGGGAUGUAUACACAGCCGCUUACGGAGCCGGUCGAGAAUUGCCGCUUGGCUCUUGCUCUUGUGUCGGAGUUGGUGGCGCAAGUCUCGGUGGCGGUCACGGCAGACUUCAAGGCAAAUACGGCCUGAUAGUAGAUGCCAUCGUUAGCAUGCGCGUAGCCCUAUGGGACGGCUCUAUCGUUGAAGCAUCCGCUACCAAGAACUCAGACCUGUUCUGGGCCAUGCGCGGGGCCGGUCACAACUUUGGAAUUGUUCUCAGUUUCACGUACAAGACAUGGCCUCUACAGAACAAUGGCUUAACAUAUAACGCAGACAUGACUUUUACCAACGCUUCUCUGGAAGGUGUUUUCGGCGUCAUUAACGAACUUAUCCCGAACCAGGACCCCGGUCUUGCCCUAGACCUUUUCAUCCUUACGGACUCAUCUACCCACGAAACUGUAACCUAUCUUAACAUUGUGUAUGCCGGCACUAAAGACCAGGGAGAUAAAUUCACAGCCCGCUUCGCUACGAACAAGAAAUCGACCGAUCCUAUUGAGCGCACGUCCUUGAACGUGACGAUGGCCCCCUGGAGCCAGAUCACACACGUCGCCGCCGGGGGUAUGAUCGACUUGGCAUGUCUCGACGGUGCAAGCCAGAAUGUGUACACAGCAAACUUGAAGCAGUUCGACAUACCCCAGCAGCGACAGUUCUACAACUCCUACGUAGAAUUCAUCAAGAAAAACCCUCUCGCAUCCAACUCGAUCAUCUUCUACGAGAUCUUCGGUCAGAAGGCCGUGGUCGAACAGCCGGCCGACCAGACAGCAGUCGGAAACCGCAACUACGCCAACAUUCUCGCCCUCUACCAGACCACGUAUACGGAUGAGAGCGUCGCUCCUGCGGCCGAUGCGUGGGCGCGUAGUCUUCGCGACGAGGUCAUUAAGCCUGAGCACUCGGGUUACGAUAUCGAAUCCGUAUAUAUGAACUACGCCCACGGCAACGAGAAAUUGGAGGCUAUGUAUGGUUACGAAUCGUGGCGUCUUGAGCGUCUUCGUAGCCUCAAGCGCCGCUACGAUCCCAAGGGUUUUUUCAACUUUUAUAACUCGGUUCUAUGA